AUGGCAGAUAAGCAGGACCUGGAGGAAAUCACCAGCUUCAAUAAGGCCAAGCUGAAGAAGACGGAGGCACAGGAGAAGAACACCCUGCUGACCAAAGAAACCAUCAAGCAGGAGAAGCAAGCGGAGUGAAAUUUUCUAAGAACCUGGAGGAUCCUCCACUCCCAUCGUCUUGGAGACCCUAGCUGUGACAUGGAGGAAGCGC